CUUCCGCUCGCCCUACAGGAAUCUGGAGCAUGACGUCAGUUGUCCUGCCAGCGGCGAGAAACAACUUUCUUCUACAUUACAGGAGUUAGGACCUUCUUUUGUGGAGCAUUACAGGGAUUUUUUUUUCCUCUCUCUCCUGUGUAUUCAUACGAGCUUCAAAGUCCUGGUUGGACGACGGACAGGAAUGAAACUUUCAGGCGGCUCAUCUCGGCUCUCCUGCUUCAGCAUGAAAACUUUGUAAAAAGUGUCGGAAUAUCGACGACGUUCUCGAGAAGUCGAUGGAGGAAGGUGCAGACGAAUGUUUCUGUGCGGGAUGUGGAGGAAGAAUUCAAGAUUCUUUUCGCAUCACAGUCCUGCAGGACGCCUGGCACAACGCCUGCUUUCAGUGUUCUGUGUGCUGUGACAACCUGACUAACUGGUACUAUGAAAAGGAUGGGAAGUUGUACUGUCGUAAACACUACUGGGAGAAGUUUGGAGAGCUCUGUCACGGUUGCUGUCUGCUCAUGACUGGACCUGCCAUGGUGGCCGGAGAACACAAGUAUCACCCAGAGUGUUUUGUGUGUUUGAGCUGCAAGGUGGUGAUUGAGGACACUGAUACCUACGCCUUAGUUGAGCGAUCCAAACUCUACUGUGGAAAGUGCUACAAGCAAGUGGUGCUUACACCCAUGUUGGAAAAACGUUCCAGCGACUCGGUGCUCGACUCCCUUCCCCAUACAGUGACACUCAUCUCUAUGCCUUCUGCAGCCAACGGCAAGAGGGGCUUCUCUGUCUCGGUGCUGAGAGAUGUCAGUGGCUCCACCAGUGUUCAGGUCAAAGAGGUCAGAGGGAUGCUUAUUAGCCCAGAAGUCCGAAAUGCCAUCCAUGUUGGAGACAGGAUCCUGGAGAUUAAUGGUUUUCCAGUCGGGACUCUGAUGAAGGAGGAGGUGGACGACCUUAUCCACCGCACAACUCACACACUGCAUCUGCUAAUGGAGUAUGAUCCAGUCAGGCAGCGUUUGGGCCGACUCAGACUGGGAUCUCCAAGAAGCCAGCUGGGAGGUCCAGCUCCUGCUCGCAUGCGGCUGUCCUCACCUUCGAACGCAGUGCUGGAAAGAACUGAUGUGGUUGUUGAUGACACUUUGAAAAGAAGAUCUUUGAGGCGUAGUAAUAGUACAUGUAAAUCCCCUGGACCAAGUUCUCCUAAAGAGCACCCUCCUCUCACACGAGACAUUGGCCGGUCUGAAUCUUUGCGAUCCCCCAGUAGCUGCUCUCAUCGCAUUUUCCGGCCAUGUGAUCUUAUCCAUGGGGAGGUUUUAGGAAAAGGUUUCUUUGGACAAGCCAUCAAGGUAACGCACAAAGCAACUGGAGAGGUGAUGGUGAUGAAGGAGCUGAUCCGCUGUGAUGAAGAGACCCAGAAAACAUUCCUUAAAGAGGUCAAAGUAAUGCGCAGCCUAGAUCAUCCCCAUGUUUUGAAAUUCAUUGGUGUGCUGUACAAGGACAAGAGGCUCAAUUUGAUAACAGAGUUUAUUGAGGGAGGCACUCUGAAGGACUUCAUCAGAGACAUGGAUACAUUUCCAUGGGAACAAAGAGUGAGCUUUGCGAGGAGCAUUGCCUCUGGAAUGGCUUACCUACAUUCAAUGAGCAUCAUACACAGAGACCUCAACUCUCACAACUGCUUGGUUAAACUGGACAACACAGUAGUUGUUGCUGACUUUGGACUGUCCAGACUUGUGGUGGAAGAGAAAGUUAAAACUCCACCUGAAAAACCUUCCUGUAAAAAGAGAGUCUUCAGAAGAAUCGACCGCAAGAAACGAUACACUGUAGUGGGAAACCCUUACUGGAUGGCUCCAGAGAUGCUAAAUGGUAAACGCUAUGAUGAGAAGGUGGACAUUUUCUCCUUUGGAAUUGUGCUUUGUGAGAUCAUCGGAAAAGUCUAUGCAGAUCCCGAGUGCCCUCCCCCCCUGGACUUUGGUUUAAAUGUGGCCAAAUUCAGAAAGUUCCUCCCACAAGACUGUCCACCAGCAUUUUUUCCACUGGCUGUGGCCUGUUGUGACCUCAUUCCAGACAACCGGCCACCUUUUGAGAAGCUGGAGGACUGGUUUGAUGCUCUGUCCUUCAACCAGGAGCUGGGGAUCCCCCUGCCAACUGAACUGGAUGAAUUUCAUCACAAUCUGUAUAAACAUCACUGGCCCAAAGAUGUCUCCACAACCCAGAGCGCAGACAAGCCGCCGACCCUGGCAGCCCCCUGUUUGGACAGUUCCAGUGUGACAGAUAAUGGCACUUAGCGCUCCUGGCUGUUUGGUCCUUAACGCAACAUUUUCACCCCUGCUGCACUAAACCAAUCCUUAAAACAUGACCCAGACAUGUUAGACAGCUGGACCAGAGUCCUUGUGUGGAACCCAUUAACUGUAAAGUGAACACUAAGGGUGGAGGAGGGCACAUCAUGUCAGUGUUGGCUCUGGGAAGAAAAAUAAAAUACAAGAUGUGCAGGGUUUUGACAAAGUUUACAGCCCUUUAAAGUUGAUCUGUACCUUUCUGUGGUCUUACUUCUGACAAAGAGGAGCAUCUUAAUAUGUGAUGAGUGACAUGUGAAAGUCCUUUUCCUUUUUGUGUGUGGGUUUUUUUUUUAAUGGGGGAGCUCCUAAGUUGUUGUUUGCUAUGUAAGGAAUGCACAGAAACCUAAAGAAACUGUUUCAUCACACCAAGAUAUGGCAGAAUGUGAUAUUUAAUUUGAGCACCAGUCUUUUUUGUUGUUAAGGGUGGUCAUUUUUGGUAUGAUUUUGAAUGAAGUGUUGCAUAAACACAAGUUACCACUGACAUUUUGCUAACAGUUGGUUAAAGUAGCAGUCAGGUAAUGAUCAUGCUUUUUUGGGGGGGGGGGGGGGUUCCUAUGCCAUUCUGGGACUUUGAGCCACCUUUUUCCAUGCAUUGUCGUAAGUAUGUAAGACUUUACCAUAACAUUGCCUUGUACAGAACUGGAAUAGUUAGGAAACACCUGUGUAUGUGUACAUAUCUCCUCAAUGAUUUGCUGUCAGGGAAAUUAAGAGUUGUAGAUUUUGACAUUACUUUAAUAAUCAAAGCAUUAGGGUUUUUGUUAGUAUUAUGUAAGGUACUGACUGUCAGUUGUAACCACUCUUAUUUAUAUAAUUGUAGUUUUUCUUAAAUAAAUCUGACGGCACAGUUUUGCUUU